AUGAACUCUCAAGAAUUUCGAGAGUUUGCAAGGGCAGCAAUUGACUUUGUUGCCGAUUAUUUGGACAAUGUACGAGAUCAACAAGUCUUACCUUCCGUUGAACCGGGAUAUUUACAUCAAUUAUUGCCCAAUGAAAUGCCCGAAGGAUCCGAAAACUGGAAAGACGUCAUGGAAGAUUUAAAUAAAUUCAUCAUGCCAGGCAUCACACAUUGGCAGUCGCCCAAUUUUCACGCUUAUUAUCCCACACAAACGUCAUAUCCCUCAAUUGUGGGCGAAAUAAUGGCAGCAGGACUCGGCGUUGUGGGCUUCAGUUGGAUUUGUAGUCCAGCAUGCACCGAAUUAGAAGUCAUCAUGAUGAAUUGGCUCGGAAAGUUCAUAAAUUUGCCGGAAUCUUUCCUGAAUUGCGGUCCAGGCAACGGCGGAGGCGUCAUUCAAGGGUCUGCGAGUGAAUGUGUCCUUGUUGCUAUUUUAACGGCACGCGAAACGGCAGUUCGUCGACUCAAAAGCUCCUUCCCUCAUUUAACGGAAGGCGAAAUUCGUGCAAAACUUGUGGCAUAUUCGAGUGACCAAAGCAACAGUUGCGUCGAAAAAGGCGGCAUUUUGGGAGCAAUCACUUUGCGUCUCUUGCCAGCUGACGAAAAUUGCGUUUUGCAGGGAGAAACGUUACAAAAAGCGAUUGAGGAAGAUAUCGCACGUGGCUUAAUUCCGUGCAUCUGCAUUGGGACGAUGGGAACAACAGGAACGUGCGCUUUUGACAACAUCGAUGCCAUCGGGGAUGUUUGCAACGAAUUUAAUGUCUGGCUCCAUAUUGACGCCGCAUAUGCUGGUUCGUUUUUUUGCUUGCCGGAGUAUCGUCAUCUCAUGCAAGGUAUUGAAAAAGCCGAUUCUCUCAACUAUAAUUUGCACAAAAUGAUGCUCGUGAAUUCCGAUUGCUCCGGAAUGUGGUUCAAAAAUGUCAAUGACACCGUGGAAUCGUUCAACGUCGAUCGGAUUUAUCUCAUGCAUCAAUAUCAGCAGCAAAAUGUCGCACCGGACUAUCGUCAUUACCAAAUCGCGCUCGGUAGGAGGUUCAAAGCACUCAAAGUUUGGUUCACUUUGAGGACUUACGGGGCGGAAAAGAUACGUGAGAAGCUUAGAAAACACAUCAAACUCGCUGAAGUCUUCGAAAAAAAGCUUUUAAAGGAUCCGCGAUACGAAAUUAUUUUUCCCGCCAAUUUUGGACUUGUGAUUUUCCGCAUGAAAGGUCCUUGUGAACGCACACAAAAGCUUCUUAACAACCUGAAUGAGUCGAAAAAAUUGUAUAUGGUACCGGCAACAUGGCAGAAUAAAAUCGUUUUACGUUUCGUGAUUUGCGGAUUCGAUCCAGAGCCAAAAGACAUCGACUUUGCGCUUGAAGAGAUAAAAGCUCAAACAGAAAAUAUCGUUUCUCUUAACUCAGAACAACCACAAAUAAUUGUAAAGGAACAUUUAAAAGACCAUGGACAAGAAAAUCAAGAAAACGUUGAAAGAACAAAUUUAGAGUUUAUAAUGGCAAAGGGCAGAUAA